AGUACUAACUUAAAUCAUUUGGCUGGGAUUGCCGUCGCUUUAGCUGUCGCAACAAUUAGUGCCAGUCUGUCAAUUAUCAUACAGGUCGAAACCCUCAUUUUGAAUUGUGCUGACGUGGUUUAAACAGUUGAAUAAUUAGAAAUAAAUUGUUAGUUAAACAUUAUUUAUGCAAUGAAUAAAUUAAUAUUAUGCUUCGUUAUGCUGCUAGCGGUUGCUCAAGUGCAAAGCUACAGUUUUACAUCUAAGGAAGUCAAAUGCCACGUGUGCAAGGCAACGGUGCAGGAGCUAGAGGAUGCCAUAGCCAAAGAGGAUGCCAACAAGAAGGUAGACGUAAGCGGCUUUCGACUAGAUGCCCAAGGCAAUUCCAUAAGCAAACGCGUGCGCUACAUUAAGUCAGAAAUGUUUCUAACAGAGCUUAUGGAAAAAAUAUGUGAAAAGAUGGAUGACUAUCUGAAGGCUACUUAUAAGAGCAAUGGCAAAUUUGCGCUACUCAAAAUGAUAGUCAAUGGCCAGAUGAAUCCAGAUUCGUCGCUCGUAGAUUUUGUUCAGGAUGGCGAUCUUAACAAGAGUCUGGGUCACUUCUGUCUAGAGGUGCUUGAUGACAAUGAAGAGAUCUUCCUUAAAGCAUUCCAAGCGGAAGAGCUGGGCAACGACUUGGACAUAAAAAUCUGCUCGGAACAGGCCAAAUAUUGUGAUGAAGCUCCCGUCCAGGACGAAUACGAUUUCGGUGGCAGAGAAGAAUUGUGAAUGAACAAAAUUUCACUGUGUACAAUUAACGAAUUUCUAUGAUCAUCAUGUCACCUGCAACAGGCGAUCGAUUCUGAACUAAAUGACAAUAACUGAAUUUAGAACUAUAUCUGAAUUACUUUUGUCUAAUUAAAACUAAAUAAAAUAACAGAU